AGACAAAUUCCUUGUAUGUUUGACAUAUUUUGGCUAAUAAAUGUUUCCUGACAUUGAAACUAAAUUAUACAUUUGGAUACAUCCACAUUGCAGAAGUAUUUAAAAAAGUACAACCCUGUUAGCUAUCACACUGUCCUGUUGAGCAGCUAACAACGGGCCGACAAACCGAAAAACAACACCGCCCUGACCCGAAAAUCACUGUAUGCCAUAACUUGCGCUUAAAACAUUAACUCAAAAGAUUAUUAGAUUAGCAGAGUGUGCUGGAGCCUUCACUGCCACUGGAACACCAAGUGCUACCAAGUUAGGCCGACUCCUAAUUUGUGUACCUCUGUAAAUAGGUUUGGGAGACGGAGAUCGUGUCGAGGUUUCGACUAAUGAUACUCAAUCAAAAUCUAAUCGAUUAAAGAGGAAAAGUCUUCAAAGUAGACGAAGGUGGCUUCCCUACAAACAUGUGGGCCCCAGACUGCCAGACCUGGAUUAACUCAGGGAGAAGUAGCCUACUUGGGAGCAAUACAAUGGUCCAUUCUCAUACCGUAAUAAUCCUUGAAGGUAUUGCAAGCAGUUUCAUAUGACUCCGCAAAGAAAAGGCUACUUCAAGCAACUCUCCGAAGAAGUUUAUCGGCUACAGAUUAAAAAAAUACAAAUGUCAACUUCCCCACCAACCUCUUGCGAUUGGAUGCUCCUGGUUGAACAGAAGAAUAUAAAUGUCCGCGUUACCACCAUGGAUGCUGAGCUGGAGUUUGCCAUCCUGCCCAGCACAACGGGGAAACAGCUUUUUGACCAGAUAGUGAAGACGAUCGGGCUGAGGGAGACCUGGUUCUUUGGCCUCCAGUAUCAGGACAGCAAAGGUUUCUCCACCUGGCUCAAGCUGAACAAGAGGGUGACAGCUCAAGAUGUGAAGAGAGACAACCCUUUGUUGAUUAAGUUCAGGGCCAAGUUUUACCCCGAGGAUGUCGCGGAUGAACUGAUCCAGGAGGCAACCCAACGCCUCUUCUUUCUGCAGGUUAAAGAAUGCAUCCUAAAUGACGACAUCUACUGUCCACCUGAGACUGCGGUGCUCUUGGCCUCGUAUGCGGUUCAUGUCAAACAAGGAGACUACAGGAAGGACUAUCACGUCUCGGGAUACCUCGCUAGAGAGAAGCUGCUGCCUCAGAGGGUUUUGGAGCAGCACAAGCUGAAUAAAAAUCAGUGGGAGGAUAGAAUCCAGGUGUGGCAUCAAGAGCACAAGGGAUUGCUGAGAGAAGACGCCAUGGUGGAGUACCUCAAGAUAGCCCAGGAUCUGGAGAUGUACGGGGUCAACUACUUUAACAUCAAGAACAAGAAAGGAUCGGAGCUGUGGUUGGGAGUGGACGCACUGGGGCUGAACAUCUAUGACAAGAAGGACAAGAUGACCCCGAAAAUUGGCUUCCCCUGGAGUGAGAUCAGGAACAUUUCCUUCAACGACAAGAAGUUCCUCAUCAAACCAAUUGACAAGAAAGCUCCGGACUUUGUUUUUUACGUACCCCGUCUUCGCAUCAACAAGCGUAUCCUGGCGUUGUGUAUGGGGAACCACGACCUUUACAUGCGCAGACGUAAACCCGACACCAUCGAGGUGCAGCAGAUGAAGGCCCAGGCCAGGGAGGAGAAGAACAAGAGGCAGAUUGAGAGGGCUCUGCUCGAGAGUGAGAAAAAAAAGCGAGAAAAUGCUGAGAAGGAAACAGAGAAGAUUGCUCGUGAGACCAUGGAGCUGAUGGAGAGAUUGAGACAGAUUGAAGAGCAGACAAAGAGAGCUCAAGAUGAGCUGGAGGAGCAGACUCGCAGGGCCCUUGAGUUAGAGAAGGAGAGGACAAUUGCUCUGGAGGAGGCUGAGCGGCUGGACAAGGACCGCAGAGCUGCAGUGGAGGCUAAAGCCGCCCUGCUGCACCAGUCUGAAACUCAGAUCAAGAGCCAGGAAAGUCUGGCCACUGAGCUGGCAGAGCUUACCUCUAAGAUCUCCCAGCUGGAGGACGCCAAGAAGAAAAAGGACGAGGAGGCGGAUAGAUGGCAGGAAAGGGCAACGGUGGUCGAAGCUGAUUUGGAGCGAACCAAAGAGGAGCUGAAGACUAAACUCAUGGGCGUCCACAUCCAAGACUCAGUCCACCCUCCUAUGCACGAGCACGACGAGACGGACGAGAGCAGCGCCGAGGCGAGCGCCGAGCUGACUUCCCCGGACAUGGUCCGGGACCGCAGUGAGGAAGAAAGAGUGACGGAGGCCCAUAAGAACCACCGGCUGCAGAAAAAACUCAAGUUCCUGAGCACUGAGCUGGCUGGAGCUGUAGACGAGAGCAAGAAGACCCCCAAUGACCUGAUCCACGCUGAGAAUGUGAAGGCGGGCCGCGACAAAUACAAGACCCUUCGCCAGAUACGGCGGGGCAACACCAAACAACGCAUUGACGAAUUUGAGUCCAUGUGAGAGGGGCUGCUGUAAGCCCGCUCAGACUGCAACAUCAGAAUAGUUGAUGAAAUGAGACACAUCGAGAUAUUUUAGAAGCAUGUAGAUGCAGAUUAUUGCAUCUGUAGAAAAUGAACCUGACAUAGCGGGCUGAAAAUAAUCUUAAAUUAUGCUGUUACCGUUUGUGGAAGUCCAUUAUUGAACUUAAUUUCAUCUGGAAACAAGUGAAGACAAGUUGAAAAUACAUUUAUGUUACAUGGAAACAAAAAAACACUUUCGUGGUCCACUUAAAUCAUAAUCCAUGCUGUGAUUUAUGAAAUCAGUUGUCCUUUGUCCUUGUAAAUCACAAAAACAUUGCCAUUCCAAUUAUUCCAACCAAUGAAAAUGUCAUCGACAUUCAUUAAUGAGAGCGAUGACAUUUAAGAUACUUCCAGCAUAAUGUUUUCAUCAUCGCAGAAAUAAAAAUACACGGAAACUCCA